AUGGCAAGCGAACUUGUUGAUUUGUUCGAUGUUGAUAUUGGAAUAGUACUAUUUUCGCCUGCAAACACCCCUUUCUCAUUUUUCCACCCAACAAUUGAAGCAAUCAUUGAGCGUUUUUUGAAUCCCAAUUCACAAUUAAGUGAAAACACUCACCUAGAUGCAGAUCAAGCACGAAAUAAGGUGCAUCAACUCAACAAUCACCUAAAUGCUAUGGGGAAAAGGUUUGAGCAUGUAGAAGAAAUUGAAUAUGCUCAAACACUAGUUCAACUUAGUCAAAUCAAAGAAAAUGGCGAAAGAAGUAAUUGGAAAUCGAUUGACCAAUUAAAUGUAGAUGAAAUAACAACAUUUGAAGCAUGGUUAAGUACUACCGUCUCUAAAAUAAAUUAUCGUUUAGAGAAGUUGGAAAAUGAGGCUUUAUCUUUGAAAAAUGCACCUAGCACUUCAUAA